AAACCAAGUCACCAUGGUAAACAUCUCAAGAUCUCAAGAAGAAAGAGAAUAUUCUCAAGAGCAAGCAGAUCUUGUGAGAAAAAUCAAGGGUUGCAAGAAUCACUAUGAGGAGCUGAAUAUUAAAAGAACUGCUUCUGAUGCUGAAAUUCACAAAGCUUUUAGAAAACUCUCUCUUCUCAUUCACCCGGACAAGAAUUAUGCUCCUGGGGCUGAAGAAGCAUUUAAAGCUAUUUUAAAAGCCAAGGUACUUCUUUUGGACCCAGUGAAAAGACAGAAUUAUGAUAAUGAGCUGAAGAGGAAAACCAAUGAAAGUUACAAUCAAUCUUCUACAUCUUCUAAAAAAGAAAAAACAAACAACAACCAAGAAAAGGCAGAUUAUAAUUUCAAUCAAUCUUCAGGAUUCCAAAAAAGUCAGCCAAAAACAUACAUGAACAACAACCAAGAAAAGUCAGAUUAUAAUUUCUAUCAAUCUUCGGGAUUCCAAAAAAGUCAGCCGAAAACAAACAUGAACAACAAUCAACAAAAGGCAGAUUAUAAUUUCAAUCAAUCUUCAGGAUUCCAAAAAAGUCAGCCAAAAACAUACAUGAACAGCAACCAAGAAAAGUCAGAUUAUAAUUUCUAUCAAUCUUCGGAAUUCCAAAAAAGUCAGCCGAAAACAAACAUGAACAACAACCAACAAAAUGCAUAUUAUAAUUUCAAUCGAUCAUCAGGAUAUUCAGGAUACCAGGAUACGAACCAAACGAAGUUGAGAACGAAUCAACAAAAUUUUGUGUAUUUUACAUACAAUUUUUUUAGAGGAUUUAAUGUGAUUAACUCAAUUUCACAAUAUAAAGGCAUUUUGAUUUUCGGUUUAAUUUAUUCCCGCUAUAAAAUAGUGAGGACGAUCACAAACUGGUUGGUAAUCACAACAGCUCGCCUGAUUCGUUGGACAGUUAUCAAGGCAUUUACUUCGAGAUUUGGACAGGUUGUUAUGAUAUCUUCCUUAAUUUUGUGUUCAAAAUAGCCACAAGAAGAUAAAACAUAGAUAUUAAAUAUUGUCUUAUGAAAGUAAACCCACAAAAUUUACCAAUUAAAUCAUGUUGUGACAAUCACUAGACACAAAAUAUUCUAUUAUUAUUUACUAUUUAGCUUUCAUAGUCGAAAAACUCAUGGAUACAACAUAUAAAAAGUAUAAAAAUAUUAAGACUAGCAUGAGCUGUAUGAACAGUUAGAAACUUCGAACUACAGUAGACUCUCUUAAAUUCGGGCAUUUGUGACUGAAAUGUCACCCGAAAUUCUGGCGGUAAACUUUUUUAAAAUACAACGAUAUUUUUGAUCUGCAUGGACAUAAUUCAGUUUACAUACUCAUAUAUAAUGCCAAUUUCAUUAAUAUCCCUUAAUAACGCAAAAUUACAUCAAAACUCAGAUAAACCAUGGAAAAUUUAAGCAUAUUGGGUUCAUUUGAUAAUCAAACUUGAAAAAUGUCAACAAUUUUUUUUCGAAUUCAACUGCCGCUCGAAUAAGUAUAGCCUGAUCUUAAAAGAGCCGAAUUAGCGAGAGUCUACUAUAAUUCAGAUUUGCAUAACUUUUGUAUUUUUUGUAUUUGUAUUUUUCUUAUUAAAUUUAUUACUUUUCUAUAAUGAAAUAAAAUUAAAUAAUAAAUGUCAUAAAUAUAAAAAAAAAAUAUAUUGUGCA